GGCUUGCGGACAGGCCCGUGCUUUUUACGGAUGCGGAGCGGCGUGCAUGCUCGCGAGUCUUGACGACGGUAACGGUAUGGGCUUUCAUCCGUGGCCUCUUAUAUCCUCCUCCUGCCUCUUCCGUAGGCGCGCCUCUUCCGUAAACCCUAGCCGCCUGUCUUGCUGAAGCUGAACUGCUGAUCCGUCUUCCAAGCUGUGGUGUCAUCCCUGCGUUCUGAUCCAAGAUGUAUCUCCAGUAUUACAUCAACGAGAAGGGUGACAAGGUCUACACCACCAAGAAGGAGUCGCCUCUUGGGGUGCCGACGCAGUCUGCUCACCCAGCUCGCUUCUCACCAGAUGACAAGUACUCUCGCCAGCGGUACCUGUUGAAGAAGAGAUUUGGACUUCUGCCAACGCAGAAGCCAGCACUGAAGUACUGAAGCUUCAACUUUCCAACCAUGGAUGUGCAGUUUGUGUCACUGCUUAAUGCUUGUUGGUUGGAAUGUAGAAAUAGGUAUCUGAGGAAACAUAUCAAACACUGCUAGGCACUACUAUGACAUCUCAGCGCAUUCAGGCACUAUAUGUAAUGCUAUGUGUUUGACAGGUCUUGUUCUUAUUAUGUACUUGGUGUGUGGGCCAAAGCAUCGUUUUUGGCGUUCUCUUUUCGUCUUGA